AUGGAUGGAGUUUUUGCUGCUGGUGAAAGUGAUCCAUCUGAAGCUGCUCUGAAGUUCAUAAACCAAGUAUUAAUGGAAGAUGACCUAGAGAACGAAGACACCUGCAUGAUCCAAGAAUCCACACUUGACGCUGCUGAAAAAUCUUUUUGCGAUGUUCUUCUCGACAACAAAAAUAGUGUUGACUACAAUGUUUUAAAUACUACCCAUGACCAACACCCUUUGGCCUUUGCCUGUGACUCACUUUCUUUUGGUCAUCUAAAUCCCUUACCUGAUAUACUUGUCAAUAAUAUGCGCAGGAAAAAGCCAUUGGAUUUUGUGCUUGUAACCCAAAAGGGUCAAUCAUUUCCUACUGAAGUGAAAGAUGAUUUGGGUGAAAGGAGUAAGAAAAGCUUUACUUCUUAUGUUGAAGACCCUGGUUUUGUUGAACUCUUCAAUAAGGCAAUGGUCCUCUGCAAUGAAAAUGGCAGAUCAACAAAUUUGCAUAUGGGAAGGAAAGAAAAGAAACAGGUGAGGAAAAAGGAAGCAAUUGAUUUGAGGGCUCUCCUACUUAAAUGUAUGGAAUGUUGGUCAGAAAAUGAUAAUUGGAAAGCCAAUAAUCUUCUGCAACAGAUACGACAUCAUUCGUGUCCUUCUGGCAAUGGAUCACAAAGAGUGGCUCAUUAUUUUGCUAACAGCCUCGAGGCACACUUGGCAGCUAAAAACCUGUUGAACAAGAACCUAAUGCUUUAUACAGAUCUGAAUGUUCACAGACCUGAUAUGCUUAAAGCUUACAAGCUGUACCUUACCGCAUUACCUCUCUACAAAUCGUCAAAUUACGUUGCGACAGAAAAGAUCAUUGAAGUAGCAGAAAGAGCCAGCAUUGUUCAUCUUAUUCAUUUUGGGGUCAAUCACGGUCUUCAUUUACCACCCAUUAUUCAACGUCUAUCAAAACAACCCGAGGGACCUCCCAAGCUUCUUAGGAUUACAGGGAUAGAAUUUCCCAAUUACGGUCUUCUCCCAGCUGAAAGGGUUAAACAGACAGGAAAACGCUUAGAAAAGUACUGUGAGGAGUUUAAUGUUCCGCUUGAGUACAAUGGGAUUGUAGGAAAUUGGGAAGAUUUGUCCAUUGAGGAUCUAAAACUCAAGGGCGAUCAUGAAUUGUUGGUUGUUAUGUGUUUCUUCCAGAUGCACUAUUUAUCGGAGGACAUGAUUUGGGAAAAUAAGUCAAGAAGAGAUAUUGUCCUGAAGUUAAUCAAAGAGAUCAAUCCUGAAAUCUUUAUUCAUGGAACUGUAAACGCAACAUAUAGUUCCCCAUUCUUGAUAUCCAGGUUCAGGGAGGCUCUCUUCCAUUUUUCUGUCCUAUUUGAUAUGUUCGACACUAUUUUGGCAGUUGAUGACAAAGACAGAAUGGUGUACGAGGAGCAAUGGUUUGGGAGGCAGAUUCUAAAUGUAGUUGCAUGUGAAGGUCCUAAGAGAGUUGAUAGACCAGAGUCGUAUAAGCAAUGGAACGUUCGGACAGUGAGGGCAGGGUUCAGACAAGUGGCUAUGGAUGGUGAAGUUAUGGAAAGAGUUAAAGGUUUUGUGAAAAAAAGCUAUCAUAGAGACUUCUUUGUGGAAGAGUCCUGCCAGUGGAUGGUACAAGGAUGGAAAGGCAGAGCCAUAAUAGCUCUCUCUUUCUGGAAACCUGUGUUAAGGUAUGAGGAGAAGAAGAAGAAGAAACCACGGGUGGUAGUCUCUUCCCAGAUGAAUCUUUGA